UGUCAAGUUCGGCCAUUUGCGCGCUCCACAAGACAUUUAUACAGAGAAGUUUUCCCGAAAACAAAUAUCUUCCUCUAAUCGAUUACCGAAAACAGUGAGUUCGCAUUUCAAUUUAAUCGGAAAAGAGUUCAGAUUUAAGAUUGAAAGAUGCUGAUGGGUCAUGCUGAGGGACUAUCAAAGCUUGAGCCAGCAAAAGAUUUGUUGCUCUCUGACCCUGUCUCUGAUGUAGAUGGAGAUGAAGAAGCCGAUAUUCCCUCACACAUUCUAUACACAGCAUCAUUUAAAGAACUAGCAUCAAAAAACAUACAGUACGAUACUAUAAUAUUGUUCUCAAUAUCGCUAUGCUGGUUUUAGCAUGGGGUAUUGGGAUCAUUAUGCUGCUAUAUUUGCCUUUUAGAAGAUGUGUGAUUAAGAAGGAUAUAGCAUCACGGAAGCUCUAUGUUACAUCGACAGAAAUAGUCUACAAGGUAUCAAGGCCUUCAUUUAUACCCUUUUGCGGAGAUAGGAAAAUUGAAAAGCAUGUACCUCUAUCCUUGGUUAUUGAUGUUAUCGUUGAACAAGGUUUCUUGCAGUCAAUGUAUGGAAUUCAUAAAUUCAAAGUUGAAAGUAUAGCACGUGUUAAAGCUGCCCCAGUUGAUGAAUUGCAGGUUCAAGGGGUUUAUAAUCCUGCAUUUCUGAGGAAGGUUGUCAUAACAGAGGCUUCAAAAGCUAUACUAGAAGUCGGCAAUAGUUGGAAUCGUAAUUCCCAAAUUUCGGAUGGGGAAAGCUUGGUUCAGUGGGUCCAGCUGUUUUGAGAUCUCCAUCUAGAGUCUGGAAAGUAAAAAACAAUGGGUUCUCCUCUUCAUUCUUCGGUGGAACACAGAGGCAUUGUACCUUCAGAGUUGAUGCUUCACAGACUUGAAGAACUUAACAAGUCAGUGAAGGUGAAUUCCCUCAGUAGCCCCAUUAAAUGACAUAUUCUUGGAAAUCCCUGGAAUCCUUAUUGAGUAGCUCAGGAUAGAGAGAGAAAAGAAUUCACUUUACCGCCGUUGUUAAAGACAUAAGGCAGGUUUUGCUAAUCAUAAAAAGUUAACUUAUAAGAAUUAAGCUUUAAAAUUUAUUUUAAUUUUUAGAAUAAUGCUAUCUAGCACCAAUGGUGCUACCACACCAAUUUCGGUAGUACUAAGUGAUAGGCUUAUUGAAAUGUAAAAUUAAGUGAUUCAUGUAAUUAUAUAUCUCCUUUAAUGUCACGUUAGUGUUACCUAGGCUAUCAGUGGUAUUAAAUAGUAUUACUCUAAUUUUUGUACGGUUAAAAUUGGAGUGAAGAAGUUGAUCGUAUGUUACUUUUUACAUUCAAGAUAAGAAAAGAAGUUAUUGUGACAUGUUUUGAGGCAAAAUGUUACUUAAAAGCUUAGCCAAAUUGUUCUACAUCAUUUAUAUUUUAGAAAUAUUGGAUUGUUGUAUUUGUCUAUAGGACUUUU